AUUAUGAUCUCUGCUGCUUGUUGUGUGUUCGAUUGUCCAGGAGGUGUGCCUGCAGACCAGGUUGAUUCCGGUGGGAGGCUAACCUUAUUUCAUCCGUUCCCCAUUGGCGACCCAGCAAGACUGGCCGAGUGGUGCAAUCUGCUGAUGCUCGAGGCUGAUUCCAGUUUUGGGGAGAUGUAUGUCUGUAGCAGCCACUUCUCCCCGCAGCAGUACGAUUUUUCCUCCGAUUGCAAAAAGCCACUGAAAUCCGACGCAGUGCCGGAUAAAAAUCUACCAAAGAUAAUGCUAGUCGAGGAAUCACCAAAGGACGACAGGAAGUCAUCAGUUGCCCAAAGAAGCACAGAAGACCGGUUCAAUCCACCGGUGCUGGUGGUGGACGAUUUGGGAAAAGUAUGCCGGCUCUGUCUAGAAACAGAUGAGCAGGGUACACAUGCAUCGCUGUUUGCCAAAGAGGACAUUGUGGAAUUUAUUAGGCAAUCGAUCGGGAUCGAGCUCUUGCCCAACAACGAUUCGUAUCCGCAGAUGAUAUGUCAAACAUGUAUCGAGCGGGUAACGUACAUCCAUCGGAGUCGAGAAUGGUUCCACAAAAACGAUCAUUUUCUGAGGGAGCUGGUUGGUGAGCUUUCCAACGAAACGGCUUUACCUCACCCGGAGCCCUUGGAGGAAGAUGCAAUUUUACCGGACCGGGAGCCGGUCCAAGAUGUGAAGAUGUUGGGAGCAAUCGGACUAUUCGAAGGCUCCAUAGAAGGUGAAGAGGUCACCCUGAACCAGCUGGGUGUGACUACACCAGAGGACGACAGCUACCUUUCGGAUGAUGAGCCGUUAUCGAUGCGCAUGAAACGCUCCCGACGGACUUGCACCAAACCUAAACAAAAACCAAAAAGGAAACCGACAGACGCCCGAUCGGAGAUGAUCCGGCAAGCCAGCGAAGCGGAAAAGAUCAAUGGCCAUUACUGGUGCAGAUGUGGUGCAUUUUAUCUCGAGAUGAAACUACUCUCCAGGCACAUCUGGGAAGACCACGACAUAAAGGGGCUGCUGAAAACGAAGCGGCAAAAUACCAGGCUAUCGCAGCCGCAUGUGCCGGCCAAUCCGUUGCUGCUGGAACAAAUGGCCGCCGUGUUCAACGGAUUGGAUCGAGAGCAGCAGUAAACCAAAGGAAGAUGUGGUCCAUGAGGGUGGUAAAUAAAUGUUUGCAGCAUG